AUGAACUUGAGUUUUCUGUAUGACGAUAGUGGUAUUACAUUGCCUACGCCAUACGAAAAAAAAAAUUCAUGGCUUGAAUGGUUUCGUUUACGACGAAGAAAACCAAAUUCUGAAGAAGAAAUCAAUGAAAUUCAUGAUCUUACUAUUAAUGUUUAUGAAUCGAUGGAUGAUCAAGCACGAGCUAUUCUUCUUUCUCUAUCUAAAAUAAUUCAAGAUGAAGAUGAAUCCGUAACAAUUGAAGAAAAAAUCAAAGCUAUUGUUGCAAUUGGUCAUACACUUUGUUGUGCUCAUAUGCAAGUAAAAAAUUCAACACAACUCUAUUCAAAAUUACUCGUUCGAGCAUUGUCUCAUCAAGAUUUACGAAUGCGUUUGGCUGCCAUGAUUGCUAUUGCUGAAGCAGCAAUUGAUAAUCUUAGUUUUCAAAUGAAAUUAAAUGAGAUUGAUAUAAUACCAAAACUAUUUGAAAUAAUGAAAAACUCAAUGCCACAUGCUGGUCGUGGACUUAACGAUAUAAAUGAACAUUCAAAGUUAGUUGCAUGGAGUUGUUAUACAAUUGUCAAUAUUUGUGCUAAUUGUAUACCAAAUAUUCUUCUAUUAAAAGAUAUUGUUCCUAGUGAACUCGAAAUUUUAAAUGACGCUAUUCAAAUGGAAAUUUGGUGUUAUGUUUGGCGUGAAAAUUAUGCUCAAACAAUUGUUGAAUUUGCUGAUAGGAAACUAAUUUCUAAUAUUAUAUGUAACGCUAUUCAACCAAAAUCAUAUAUAUUUGAAAAUCAUCAUGAACAAACAUCGAAUAGAAGUUCACUGAAUAAUAACAACCGAAAUUCAUCAAAUCGUAUGUCAUCUUCAGUUAAUUAUCAACGAUGUACAAUCCUUUAA